AUGGCCAUUAUCUCAGAUGAUUAUGAUUUGAUUGAGUUCUUUGGCGUUCAAGGAGAGGCCAUGAUAAGGCCUCAAGGUGCCAUGCUUAAUAAAAUGCAAUCAUCAUCUGAAGGAAAAGAGGGUAGAGAAAGAAAAAGAUUUAAAUUUGUGGACAAAUAUCAUCUCCAAGGGAGUUGUUUUAUAAGUGAGGAAGUCUCCAAUUCUCUUCUGUCAAGAGAGAAAACUUCUAGAGCUAUUCACUACCAAGAGGAGCAAAAUCAGAAUGUUUUGAAGAAGAGGGAUGAAAUCAUUGAUGGGAAAAAAGCAGAAGGAUCGCCAGGGCUGCAGCUUGUGUGUUUGCUCCUCAACUGUGCAUCUGCCAUUGCAGAGAAAAACAAAAGCUUGGCAAUGAAUCUGCUCAACAAGCUUUGGUCUAGAGUCAGCAUAAGUGGGAAUUCAAUAGAAAGGGUGGCAGCCUACUUCACAGAAGCCUUGUCAGCCAAGUUUAAGCAAAUCAACCCAUCUUUCUUCUACAACAAAUUGCUCAUUGCAGAGCAGCCAGAUGAGAAAAUGAAAGAGCCUGAGAUGCAGUUUGAUGCCUUGGUAGCCUUUUACAGAGUGUCUCCUUUCUAUCAAUUUGCUCACCUCACUGCCAAUCAAGCCAUAAUUGAAGCUUUUGAAGGGCACAGCCAUUUGCACAUAAUAGACUUUGAUAUCUCCCAUGGUAUUCAGUGGUCUUCUCUGAUUCAGUCCUUGUCUGAAAGGGAAGAUGGUCCAGCCCUUUGUAUAACUGGAUUUGGAAGAGACCUAAAUGUAUUGAAUGCUACUGGAACCCAUCUGAGUAGCUUUGCAAAAAGCCAUGGAUUGACAUCAUUUGAGUUUCACCCAUUUGUUGAAGGCUCUAAGGAAAUCACAGCUGAAAAUCUCCAAAUCAAACAAGAAGAAAUUGUUGCAGUAAACUUGGUGUUGUAUUUGAAUAGGCUGCCAAAUUCUCAGAGUUCUGUAUAUAGUAGGUUAAGAUGCAUCCAGUCUCUGAAACCUGCAAUAGUUGCAGUUGUAGAACAUGAAGCAAACCACACUCCAACCACAUUCUUGACAAGAUUUAUGGAGUCCCUGCAUUACUAUGCAGCACUGUUUGAUUCCUUGGAUGUUUGUCUGCCGUUAAAGAGUGCAGAAAGGUUGAGAAUAGAAAAGUUUCACUUUGGGGAGAAGAUUAAGAUGAGCAUCAGAGAAUUUGAUGGUGGUGUUGAUGAUAUGAUGAAAAGUGUGAGAGAAACCCAUGACAAGUGGGAGACAUGGAAGACGAGAAUGGAAAGAGGAGGAUUUCUGCAGACUGGUUUGAGUAGUCGUUGUGUAAGUCAGGCAAAGCUGCUUUUGCAGGCAAAACAGCAAUGCAACUCAUUUGAAGGAGGGGGAUUUAGGGUUCAUCAGAGAGAUCUUGGCAAAAGCUUGUCUUUGGCUUGGCAAGAUCGUCAAUUAAUUUUAGCCUCUGCAUGGCGUUGUAAAACAUAA